AUGGAUUUGGCCAAGCCUCCAGCGCCUUUAAAAGCCAUUACUAUGGCAUGCAAAUGUGCCCAAGAGCACGAAGAGCGCGACAAGAUUGUUGCUUAUUACUGUAGGUUUUAUUUGUUAUGUGUUAUUAAGCACAGGUCGCAUGUACGCCGUUCAAACAGGCGUAAAAAUUGACGCGAAGUCAAAAGAAUGCUCGGCCUUCCUUGGUGCAUUGUUAGAUAAUCUGGACGCAAUGAAACUUGCACUAAAGAAUGAUGAGCGCAUUUCGUCAGAACUCCACGGUCAGGCAUACAUCGAAGAGUAUGCGCAGAAGUUGUUCGCUUUUGCGUUUAAGCGUGACGAAGCAUCUGACUUUGGCCCGUAAUUUGGCGAUACACACUAAAUACUUUUUAGUGCCACAAUAAAAUCUUUUAUGACUGCAGGAGUUUUGAUGGAUGUACUAUCCUUCUUUGGCGAAGUUCCCGAAGAGGUAUAUUUCCUUCCUGACCGUCACUUUGCCAGAUUGUGAAAGCUCGGAAGUACGCAAAGUAUAAGGCUCUUUAUAUAAAAAGAUGCCUGGAUAAUGGUGAAGUUCCCGUUGCGGGUCCCGCUUCUGUUGAUGAUGCAUCUUCGGUUCCCGGUAAGAUGGUUGCGCUUUUCUCCUUUAUAACCGUUUGAAAAGAAUCGAUACAUGCUUUAGAAGUACACACUUAAUCAUAAAUCUUCCCAAAGAAUUAAAACAUGUCUGCGAAGUCAUUUUCAAAGGAAACGAUGCCCUUUUUAGUCUAAGAUAUGACUGGUUCCUGUGGCGAUGUCAUCCUCCACGCAGCUCUAAUUAAUUUCGACAGACGGCGGCUGACCUCAUCUUUAGGGGCGGGUCUUGCGGUGACAUUACUUGUCGACGGAUUGGUUAAUCAGGCCUGUAGGCGACCUCUUACCUUGAAUCUCGCGGGGUGCUUAACCACGGUUUUGCGAACCUAAUUGGCCAGGCGCAGUGAAGGCAUGAUAUUGUCGGGUCUGCCAAUUAUUGUCGCCAUCAGGGGGUCGAAAUAACGAAGACCACGGUGGGAUGGAGUUACACUUAAAUAAUUUAGAUUUAUGCUUCUCCUACCUCUGUGCUUCCUUAAGAAACUAAAAAAGUAGACAAAACACUAUAAUGUGCUUGGGGAUUUGUAGGAGAACCAGCAGUAUCAUUAACCAACAAGCUGAAUAGUCGGGGCCUUCUUUUGCUAGAGAUUUCCACGGGUUUCACCCAAGACCAAACAGAAAGCUGAACAGAUAUUUGUGGAGAGUAUUAGAGAGGAGCGAGACGACUCGAAAAUAAAAAUCGGACAGAAACAUCUGAAAUGCAGCGAAGACUUGGUGCCAAGAUUCAUUACCAGACGGGAUUCGUUGCAGACUUUCAUAAGGUAAGAAGGUGGAAUAUUUUCCAUCGACGCAGGUUGGCCUGAGGACGCACGUUGACAAGCACAGGCUUCUGUCUCAAAAGCUAUCUGUUACCGGAGAACAACGAAAUAAACUCCCUAGAUCAUUCUGCAUCGUCCUAUAUAUUUGGAUGGAACAACCUGAAGUAGGUUUAAAGUAUCGCAAAUUCGUUCACAUGGAUGGGACCGCUACCAUGAACGACCUGCCACUGAACAGUUACUUUGUAAUAGUUAGAAGCCGCCACUAUGUCGUCAAGGCUGCCCGGAGUACUUGUACUUGGUACGGCUGCGAUCAUGUCUGAUCUAGCUGCCCGGAGCGCCGUAAUCCAGUGAAUUCGCUUUGCUCCAUUCAUUUUAUCCAUAGUUUGUAUUCUGUUGCGUGUUUUUUGGAUUUUGUCAUGUUGCUUAGUUUAAGUAGGGUCAACAUGCGUUGACCAACCAGUUACCAUAUAACAGCUACCAAAAGUAUUGUUUGAAAUGAAUGCAAAGUAGAAAAGUUGAAAAGAAGGUAAAGAGAAGUGAGGAAAAUGUCACGAGCGGCGCUUAACUUGCAUGCUGAAAACAUUAACACCCAUAGGCAAACAGACGGCAACAAAAAGAACGAGCGGGCCGUCUGUAGAAAAGCAAGCUAAACUUGCUCUUAAUAGCAGAAAAAAGUACCCAUCCAUUUGUAAUUUAUGUUCUUUGUCCCACGUUUUUCAAAUGGAGAAGACAAAGAAGUUCGAGAUAUCUGAUAUCGUUUGCCCUGUAGCCCAAGUCCGAACCAUCUGGCGUGUGCACGACCAGGAGUAGGCGAAUAAUCUCCAGAUAGGGCCAACGUCAAAAUGAAUUGGCUCUCGGGUUUGACGAAUGAGCGCACCAAGGCUGCUGUUAAUUACGCCUGCCGGGCUACUCAGUAGAGAACGAAAAUGGCUUAGGGGGCGGGGAAGUGUGAAUGUCCGUUGAUGUGCUCAGCAUCUGACAAUAUGCAGUUCACCAGCAAAACAUAAAUAUCUUCGACUGGACCGAAGACCGAACACCAAACUUAAGUUCAAAUCUCACUCCGCACCGCCUGUGGUUGAGGUUUUACCUACUCACGACUACGUCUCUGACUUUGUCGGGCGCCGCUUUGGGACAUACAUAGGUGAAAGUUGGUCAUUAGGGUCGUUCCUUUGGCCAAAGCCGUUGAAGGAAGCAGCUAUACAAUACAUUUAAAAUCGUAAGUCUCAUGCGCUCACUGUAGUAAGCACACUUGCUUUUUUUGAAGAAUCCAAGAGUGCUUUUUACUGUCAAACUAACGGUGAGCCUGACACUGUCACGUGUUGACUGAAACAAGCGUAUACAAAGUAUCCAGGAAAGUCUCCGUUUUCUAAAACUAGGAAACCACAAGCCAUACACGGGAAACCGUUAUGACAGCCUUUUGAACUGAUAUUUGAUUUGGAGAACGAAUUCUACGUUGUCAGUGUGCAUAACCAUCACGGUGAAACUUAUCAAGCAAAAUCGCGGUUAGCACCUUUCCAUACGAGACGUAGGGUUAACUUGUAGGCGGUUUCAGGAAUCUCAAAUAACAUGACAUAGCAAGCGGUUGAGCGGUGGAAAUGCUGUAAAGAACCCUAGGUUUCAACUUAGUCGGAUCAUUUUCUAGUAAAACAGAUUUCUCCUACUCUACAAUAGAACUUAGAGACCAGUGCAAGCAGAAGGAAAUGCAUACAGUCGGCAAGGCAGCACGUGAUAUAUGACUGAUUCUGUGUCAUUGUCAACGUUGCCUUCUGAUUUCCCAUCCUGCCUCCUGGCCCGGGCGGGAGCGGAUUGCAUGAGAAACCUCGGUCAUUGGCCUGUGAAAUGGGACAUUUGACAGAACAAGUGACCGAAGGGAUGAAUUUUCCCUGGCAGCCCAGUCGCUCACAAUCUGCUCGGUCAGAUGAGAGGCGCAGACGGCGCCCCAACGGGGUCACUGCCGAAUUUUCCGCAAGCUAUCGCGUUUAUAGUCAUGUUCCUGGGACAAAAAUCCGCAAAAAUCCCCAUUUGUUUUGCCGUUAUCUUCCACCGACUGCAUUCUGCCCAAAAUUUGUGCUAAAAACCGGUUGGUAGACCAACAGGCAGUUCGGUUUACAGCUUUCCUAGACUUAGACCGAUCAUUCUUACAUGUUACAUUCAUUCACCCUAUCUACUGCCUUUUGCGUUCCUCAUCCAUCUAUCCACCCAGGUGGUAACUUCUGCGUGAUGUCUAAAACGGCGACUUACGAAACCAGAUGCACGGUCUUUGGUCAAUCAAAGCCACUCAGACAGUGGUUCUUACUGUAUCCCCUGAGCUGGUAGCAAUGGCGUUGCGGUACUUUGUAGGUCUAAAUGAUGUGGCGAAUGAUGUUUUAUGGUAAUUACAAGUAGCUUGUAGUCGUGGAAGCCAGGUACAUCGGGCUGGACUUCAUGUGGGGCAAGAUUGAAGUUAGUUUUCUUGCCGCAUUGCAUUACAGUCACAUUUUCGUUCUUGCCCAUACUGGCGCACCUUCAGCGCGGUCACUUCCGACUGACUUUAGAAUCCUAUCUCUUACCAAGUGGUUUGUACCUCCUUAAGGAAGCAGUCUGGAGUCUGGGCGGUUUAUGCCCCGUGGGCUUCAACUACCGAAGAAGCAAACGCGCGUCCUAAUUUUAUGUUUUUUUAAAACGUCAGAUGUAGGUGGUGUUAAUCUGGUUCUUGUAUCCCUGUUUUGCCGCGCCCUCAAACAUGCUAAAUCGGGUCUGGUUCCUGGUUCUUACUGCAUCCCCUGAGCUGGUGGUACUUUGCAGGUCUACGUGAUGUGGCGAAUGAUGUUUCAUGGUAAUUACAAGUAGUUAGUAGUCGUGGAAGCCAGCCAUACUGGCGCACCUUCAGCGCGGUCACUUCCGACUGACUUUAGAAUCCUAUCUCUUACCAAGUGGUUUCUACAUCCUUAAGGAAGUAGUCUGGGCGGUUUAUGCGCCGUGGGCUCCAACUACUGAAGAAGCAAACGCGUGUCCUAAUUUUAUGUUUUUUAAAAAAAGUCAUCUGUAGGUGGUGUUAAUCUUGUUCUUGUGUCCCUGUUUUGCCGCGCGUUGAGAGAACCACAUGCCGGCAGGCAGCAUCAGUCUGCAGAGGCCCCGUAGCUCAGGUGGUUAGAGCGUUGGCUGUACUAAAGCCUUCCCCCUUACUGCGUGGGUUCGAAUCCUACCGAGGCGCCGAGUUUUUCACAGUUGGGUCAAUAUGAAUUAUUCAAAAUCUGCCAAAAUAUCAAUGAAUCAGCCAGGAACCAUUUUCCCUAUCUACCGCGGUCUGUCCCUACCUUGCCUCUUGCAGAUCUCAAGAGCCUCUCUAAGCCGACGGCGGACGCCAAACCCACCUCGCAGCCGCCGGCGCCCCCUAAGGAGGCUUCCAGCGGAAGUCCUGGGAAGGCGGACAACUCCCAGGCUUCGCCCUCCAAGGAGCCGGCCCAAAGUGGGGGGAAGUUGGACCCUAAGCUUACUGCAUUAGCCGUAAAGCAUGCCAAGUACGCCAUCAGCGCAUUGGAUUAUGAUGACCGGACCACUGCCAUUAAGAACCUCCAGGAGGCCCUCAAGUACCUGACCACUCAGUGA